GCUACUUUAACAACUAGAUAUAUCGACCGUUAAGUACCAAUACCUCCUAUCUACAUUUUUUUCAAAAAUAAGUUUAUCGCGCCAUCUAACUGCAAAGCUUGUUACGCAUCUUCUAACAAAAUAUCCUAACUGUAUCUAUUCUCAAAGUAUUUAAAAUAACAUCAUGGAAAUAUAUCCUACCUUAAUCAGCGUUUUUUAUGCCGGAAAUACCUUCUAACUGAAUAGCAGAAAUACCUUCUAUCUACUCAUUUGUGGUUGUUGUUUGUUAGUUGUACCGCCUAUCAACAGUUUCCCGGUAUUAUUCGUUUUUUGUAUCUUAUUUAGUUCUUCUGCCGUACAAUAUUGUAUUUACGUGUGUGUCUGGUGUUAUCAAAAGGUAAGGAGUGUUUUACAACUAAAAUUAACAGCCUAAGUAAGACUUUGUACAAAAAAUAAAUACCUAACCUCAAUUUAACUCAUGUUUUUGUGUGUUAAAGUUCUUAUAAAUUAAUUUUAAGUUAAGAUGAUAGUUACAUAUUCAAGGCUUAUAAUACAGUUAUAGUUAAAAAUGUACACACAACCACCAAAGGGAGUUUUAGUAAAUUGAAAUGUAGAUAGCAGAUCUUUCCACAAAAAUAAUUAAAAUUACUUAAGGUGUUCGUAGUACAUAGGCGGCGCAAAAAACGGGCAUAUCGGAUAUUUUGUCAUAAUGAAAAGCUGUUUAAGAACAGAAAAAUGCAGCUAUUAAUAUUAAAGUACGUUUUAACUAACAUUGGAAACAAAACAUUUUGCUUUUAUAUGAUAAAUUAUAAUAAAGAUUAUUUUCGAUCCCCUAAUAGUUAUAUUUACGUAACAAGCAAUGUUUAAAGCAUUGAAUUUUCAAGUAAAAUCUCAAAGUAGUACCUAAAUGCAAAUUUUUUUACAGAUGAAUAUCAAUCAAGAUCGACGUAGGAAAACACGGGCAGCUGAAAUAUUAGGAUUGGCUUUGAAACUUGAUGAAAACAUUCCUUAUGGCUGCACAAGUGAGUCUACUACUAGCGUUAUUAUUUCUGAAGGUUUAGAGCCCACAAGAUCACAAUCUAAAAAUCUGAGCCAAGACGAACACUGUGUAAACUUAAUUCAUGAAACUACGACAUUGAUCCACAGUGUACUGUUACCAGAUGGAAGUUCCUACAUUCCGGAGACAAAUGAAAAUAUUACUCCUCCUAUUAGUACAAGCCAACAAGUUGGUAGUCUUGCCUUGUCUGACAAUCAAGAAAGUAAUCGUUCCUAUCAAAAUGUGUUUUCCUCCAACAAUUUAGAAGACUCCCACUUCCAACAGUUAAACGAGGAACUUCAUACUGAAAAUGUAAUUACAGAGAGAGCAUCGACUCCAAGUACAUCUUCAGCUCACGAUUUUUCACCCAGUGAAAGUUCCUAUAACCCAGAGUCUGAUUCAUCGGAGACUGAGAGCGAAGAUAGGGUGUCUGAAGAAAAUAGUGUGCCGGAUUCUGAGCUGGUGCCAAGACAGGUUUAUUUCGGAGAAAUCAAUGAAGAACGAAAAAGAAAAAUUAAACCAGAUAGUAAGACUUGGAAAAAAAAUCGUAACAAAGAGUUAAGAAUGCUUGGCAAAGAUUACUUAGGUUAUACAAAUCCGAAAGAGGGAAAAAUGUUACACAAUACUCCCCGAAGCGCUCGCAAACUGGGUGAAGCAUGCAAGUCUAAAAAAUGUACAACAAGUAAAGUCAGGAAUUGUGAAAAACUGACCGUGGAGAUGCGACAAGAUAUAUUUAAUAAUUUUUGGACAAACUUAAAUUGGGAACAAAGGAAGAUUUAUAUAAAUGGAUUAGUCUCCCGACAAACUACUGCUAGAAAAACUGUAGGGUGUGAGACAAGACGGGAAGGUACUUUCCAGUAUUUUUUGCCUACAGCUGAGGGUAAUUUGCGAGUUUGCAAGACAUCCUUUUUAAAUACAUUUUCCCUAGGUUCUUUUACUGUACAAUCUUGGGUCAAGAAGUCAGUUCAUAAAACACUUCCAUGUAAUGAAGUCACCAAUAGCAAUCGAAAACGAGUUGUGCCAAGAGGAACGGCGACAAGAAUCCAGAUGCUACGUGAAUUUUUUAAAAAUAUCCCAACACUUCCCUCUCAUUAUAAUAGAAAAAAUUCGAGAAAAUUAUUCAUCGAGCCAUAUUACCGAAAUAAAACAGAACUCUAUAAUUCCUAUAAAAUAUGGUGCUCAAAUAAUAACGAAGAGAGUGCAAGCAGACAUACUUUUGACAAGAUAUUUAAAGAUUCAAAUCUUUCUAUUUAUACCUUAAAAAAGGAUAUGUGUGACAUCUGUGUCAGUUAUAAAGAAGGAAAUAUUUCAGACGAAAAAUAUAAAGAUCAUAUUCAACGUAAAUCAAGAGCAAGAGCCGAGAAAGAACAUGACAAGGAAAAAGCACAAGCUGGUGAAUUUAAUCUUCUUACAAUGGAUCUUGAAGCUGUCAAAGUGUGUCCUUAUCUGACUGCAAGUGCCCUCUACUUCAAAACGAAGUUAAGUUGUCACAACUAUACGGUCUACAAUUUGGUCACUCAUCAUGCAACAUGCUAUUGGUUUGACGAAACUGCCAGUGACUUGACAGCAAGCACAUUUGUUAACUUCCUUUUAGAUUACUUGUCACAACACUGUCUCGCCAACAGGUUACCUAUAGUAAUAUUUUCAGAUGGCUGCACAUACCAAAAUCGGAAUAACAUUUUGUCUAACGCAUUAUCUGCCUUUUCUGUAAAAUAUCAGAUAGUUAUAACCCAAAAGUUUUUAGAACCGGGUCACACUCAAAUGGAGUGUGACUCGGUCCACAGCGCUAUCGAGACUAAAUUGAAGCAUCGUGAGAUUCAUCUUCCGAGCGAUUAUGCUUCUGCUACUAAGGAAGCAAGAAGUAAGCCAUUUCCGUAUGAAGUGAAAUUGGUUGACUAUCAAUUUUUUAAAAAUUACGCAAAUGAGGACACAUGGCGAUACACUUCCAUUAGGCCAGGUCGUAAAGUAGGAGAUCCUGUUGUAACAGAUCUGAGGGCUUUACUGUAUACCAUAGAUGGAAAAAUACAAUAUAAACUAAACUUUGAUGAUGAGUGGAGUGAGUUGCCCAUAAGACCUAAAAUUAUUCCUGAACCGAUUUAUACUCCCUUGCAUGACAAAGUGCUACCUAUUAGUUCUACGAAGUACUCUCCACAAACCAUACAUACUCAUAGACGUUUCACGUAAAUUGUCAAGGUCAAGACAGCAAAUUAGUUACCAUUCCAAUCCAGAGAUGUCGCUGUCAGUCAAUUCUCUUGUCAUAUUUAACAACUGACAGUUGACAAUUAAAUUAAUUUGUUAUUUACUUUUUAUUUUACAGUUUGUGGCUUAAAUAUUUUAUUAUAGUGGUGUUACGUUUUUAAUUAGAUUUAAUCACAAGUUUAAUCAAUUGUAUUAACCUCCUCUCCGUUUUUGUGAGUAGAAUUUUUAGUUUACAUUGAUCAUCCCGUGUUGUGUUUCUUCACAUUUAAAAAACAAUAUAAUAGAUCCUGAAACAGUUUAUUCCAAUAGACAAGUGUGUCAUCAACAUUUCGGGCCUAUAUAUUUUUGGAAGUUUGUAAAAGAUUAUAAGGUAUUUAUCUAAACAAUCAUCCUACAAGAUUCUUUCAAAAAUUUUCAUUCAACGCAAUAUUACACAUCAGUGCUUCCACGUGACACAUGGCAGUAGUGUUUAUAGCAUUUUGAAAAUAAAUUGGAACAUUUGAAGUUUUCAGUAAAACAUUGAAUAAAACAUUGAAUUGUCUUUCUGUUGUUUUAAUUUCCUGCGAAAUUUCAUCAAAAAUCCCGCGAAAUUUAUAAUUUGAAAUCCCCACAUAACUAAAAUUUGUCAAUUUAGUUCCCAUUCCAAUCAAGAGAUGGCGUUAAUUCGAUCCGAAAGAUUAGCAUGGUCGUGAAACGUCUAUGAGUAUGUAUGGUUUGUGGUACUCUCAUUUACAACAAUUGAAAACUGUGUUACCGCAAGACUGUCAUACAUUCUAUGACUCACUAUCUCAGAAGUCUUAAUGUGUUGAUAUCAUUAAUAAUAAUAAUAAAGUUUUUUGAGUUUAA